UGGUUCAUUCUUAAACUAGCGUUUAAAAGAUCCAUUCUCUAUAACUGGCAUGAACGCCCUCAAGUUUGCGUGUUUCUAGAGGUUGGUUUCUGCCAUAGUUUAAAUUAUUUACUCCGCUCCUCCUCUACUGUAAGAUGGGUAAGAAGCUCGAUGCUCUGCUUGGAAGAACUUUCAAGGCUGCAAAGUUCAGGCCUAUCAUAACGUUAGCCAUUUCACGCAUUGCUGUGCUCAAGAACCAGCGCCAGGUUCGCCUUAAACAAGCCCGUUGCGAUGUCCUUCAACUCCUCCAACUCGAACACCAUGAACGAGCUUUGCUUCGAGUUGAGCAUGUUAUCAAGGAGCAAAAUAUGUUGGAUGUGUACGACAAGAUUGAAGGAUAUUGCAACCUUGUGAUCGAAAGGAUCCAUCUCAUUGAACAAGAGAGGUUAAAGGAAUGCCCUGAGGAACUGAAGGAGGCAGCAUCCGGCUUACUCUAUGCGGCCUCAAGGUGUGGAGAUUUUCCAGAGAUACAAGAGAUUCGUGCAGUUUUGACAUCUCGGUUUGGCAGAGAGUUUGCUUCACGUGCUAUUGAGUUAAGGAACAAUUGUGGAGUCCAUCCUCAGAUGGUACAAAAGCUGUCAACAAGGAUGCCAAGCUUGGAAAGCAGAAUGAAGCAACUCAAAGAAAUUGCUUCUGAGAACAAUAUUAUUCUGCAACUUGAAGAAUUUUCCUCUGUUUCGGUUGAGGAGCAAUUCAAUGCGGAAAAUCAAAACCAGAACAAGCAUGGGAUAGGAGAAGAGAAUUUUCAUAAUUUCCCUAACAGAGGAAAAGAUGAAGAGUUAUACGAUUCAUUUAAGGCAAGGAAAAAGUACAAGGAUGUAGCUGAUGCAGCACAAGCAGCUUUUGAAUCAGCAGCAUUUGCAGCAGCUGCCGCAAGGGCAGCUGUGGAACUCUCCCGAUCUGAACCCCAUGAUCCUGAUGAUCAUAACACUUCAAGCCCCAAACAGAGAAAAUUUUCUCAUGGACAUAAACCUCAACUGGAAGAGACAGAAAUCUUUAAUGAAACUCUAGGAGAUAACAAGGAUAUAAACAGGUUAGAGAAACCAAAAGACAGUUUAGGUUCCAAUUCAAUUGAUGGGAUUUUGAAGGUGUCAGUUGAUGCAGAAAUUGAGGCUGACACUUUAAAUAAGGAAGUAGUUUUUGAUGAAAGUGAUGACGAUACCAAUAACAAAAUGAAGAUAAAUCAUUAUUCUAUGCCGAUAUCUCCAAAAUAUACUAAGGGUAAGGCAGUUGGAUCAGGCUCUCAGAAACAUGAAUCUAAUAAAAAAGUGACAAGAACCAAGAUGCAGAGUGGACCUCAGUUGGAUUUGGAGAAGAGGCCAAUUUCUGUGAGGACUAGAUGAGUAGACAAGUACAGGUUGCUAUUGAAAAUGAAUGUAUGUUGCUUUCCAUGCUGCAUUUUGGAUGUGAGUUUUGCUAGUAGCUUAUCUAAGCGUGUAAUUAUGGAUUCAAUAUUUUUUAUUAUUUUUAUUAUCAAGAUAUUGUUUUGGAUUUGCAGUGUUGUAACUUGUAAAAUUAAUUUAUUUAGGUGGAAUAAAAAUGAAUGAAAUCAUCUGCAGUUGUU